GUUCUUUCCGUGGUUUUGCAACAGGACUGCUAGCACCGUCCUGUACUGCCGUGCCCACAAGGGCAUCGUUGCUGGCAUCGCGGUGCAGGUUGGUGUCCCGAAUCGCCUCUUCCGACCGCGUACAAGGACAGGAAAGAAGACUCUGCCACGGGUGUUGUUCGAAAGACUAGACCUCGCAGUGGCGGCAACCAGCAAAGGUAUCGUAUCGUAUCGUUCGGGAUACCAAUCAAAUUAAACGAAACCCAACCCGGUCGCUGGCCCCGCUCGUUUCGCAUCGCAUCGCAUCGAAACAAGCGCAUUGCAUUCGCCGCGUCGAUCGAUCGACCAAACCAGAAGGCAACGCCGCAAUGCAGACCAUCCCGUGGCGUCUCGCGGGGGUGCUGCUGCUGCUAGAGCUGCUGUCGGUGGGGGCAGGGGACGACGGGGCUGCCUCCGAAUCGCUCCGCUCCCGGAACCGAAACCAGCAGGAGCACCAGCACCAGCAACAGCAAAAGCAGCAACAGCACCAGCAAAAGCAACAGCAGCGGGCGGAGAAGGACGCCCCACCGGACCCUGCGCCGCAGCGCCCGGUGCCGCGGUCCAACCCGCGGGAAAAAAGGGGGAUCGGCACCAAGGGAAAGACCGUCCGCGUCGUGCACCGGACCGGGGGGGUCACCUCGUCGACCGGCGAUCGCGACCGCGACCGCGGCGGCCUCCCGGGGGAGGACCCCAAGCAGCGGGCGCUGGGGGCCCCUUCCGCAACGGGGGCUUUUCCCGGACCGCCGGACCCGGGAGCGGAAGGGGACGCAAGAACCAGAACCAGCGCAAGAACCAGCGCGGUCGCCACCGCAAGCGCAAGCGCACGCCCCUCCCCCCACCGGGAACACGCGGAGGGAGCGACCCUUUCCGCGAGGCCGGCGGCGACGCGCGGGGGAGCAGCGCUCCGGUCGUGACUCCCCGGAGCCGGAACCUUUUCCGGCACCGGUGGACGGACGCCGGGUGGCAAGCUUCCCCGGGGGACGCCGGCCGGGACGCGAAGGGCAUCGGAAACCAAGCCGAAACGGGUCGAGCCGCGUCGAGUCGAGAACACACAACGAUCGGUGGGAAGGGGAACCCCUCGGGGAAUCAACUCCCCCGGGGGUGCUGCACAACGAGUGGGAACACCGCGAUUGGAAAAAUAGUCGAAUCGAUUCGAUUCGAGACGAGACGAGACCAAUAGAAUCGAAUCGAAUCGAGUCAAAUCGCAUCGCAUCGCAUCGCAUCGAAACGACACCAGGAAACCAAAACAUCCGGCGCCGUCUCUGGAGGGAGGGGGAAGGGAGGAACCUCCGUUCCGUGUGCGGGAGCAGCGCCCCACCCCGUUGGAGAAAGUCUCGUUGCAGCGCAAUCGCCAUUGGCGUGGUGCUGUGUGGCGGGCUCUCCCGGACGGACGGAGGCAGUGCAUGCUGCGGCGCAGCGAACGAAUCGUUCGUUCGGAGGCCCGGGAGAGCGACGCGGGCGGCGGAAACAAACGACCAUUCCAUUCGAUGGAUCCAUCCAAAAUUUGUGAUGUGUUGUGUUGUGUUGUGUUGUGUUGUGUUGUGCGUUGCGUAGCACACUGGCACACGGUCCAACGAAACGAAACGAAACGCAGCAGCAGCACGCAUUUGCAGUUGCAUUGCGAGUAAGCCAUGUGG